AUGAACCAUCACUCAAGAGUCGUUAGCUGCCGGCCUUGUCGAGAGCGCAAGGUUCGAUGUGACCGACAAAACCCCUGCAAAAGUUGUGUCCGCCACAACUGCGAGGACCAAUGUCAAAGCUAUAAGCCACAGCUCGUCACUACGUCCAAAUUGCCCAUGGUGAGAUUCAGUGGAACAUCUUCACGAGAUCAAUCUUCUAUUGCCUCGACUCCGCAACGAACAUACUCUACUAUCUCUCAAUCACAUAGCCCCGGUCAGCAUCAUCUUGACUACGGCCAGCCCACUCGGCACAUCGAAGUAGCACAAGGCAGUACUCUCCAAUCCCAUAAAAAACAGAUCGGGGAAAAGACAGUCGAGGCUCUCCACGUUGAUAAGAACCUUGAACAGAUCACAACCGGCGGUCAAACUCUGACUUUUCUUCCUGUGUCCUCUUCAUUCGCCGCAGGCGCCCGAUUAUCGGACGAUGAAAAGUUGGAGUUGAAGAUCUAUCUCACUGCCUCACUACCGUCAAGGUCUCAAUGUGACCUCUGCGUCUCAUGGUAUCUCGAACACAUCAACUUCAUCUAUCAAUCUAUCCAUGCCAGCUCCUUCCGUCAACAAUAUUCCGCUUUAUGGACAACCGCUGUUGCCAAAGUUGACCUAGUCUGGCUUGCCUUGCUAUACGUCAUUAUCAGCCUGAGUACAAUGUUCAUGGACACCGACCUCUGCAUCAUGCUGGAUAUGGAUCCUGCCCAGUUCCGAGAAUCCACCCACCGCUGGUUUCGUCUUUCCCGCCAAGCUCUUCACGCUGCCGAAUAUGAAGCACGCCCAUGUCUGACCCAGCUCCUAGUCUUCCAGCAGUCUCAACUCUACUGGUACUCCAUCAAAAACGUCGAAUCUCUCAACUCCGCCCUAGGUCAGGCCAUUCAGUGUGCUCGAGCCCUGGGUCUCGAUAAGGACAAAGCCCCCUCCACAAACCUAGAAUCCGAGAUGCGCCACCGUAUCUGGUGGGACAUCUGCUGCGACGACAUCUAUCAAUCCCUCUGUUUAGACCGUCGCCCUCUCAUUCAGUCCCAUCUGUCUGACGUUCCCUUUCCUCUCAACUGUGACGACUGCGACCUCACCCCCACAUCAGUUUCUUCACGCCCCAUGAAUCAUCCGACAGUCAUGACAGUACAUGUAUUCCGCGCCCGUAUUUUCAAAGUCCUCAAUACUUUGUAUGCUGACAACGGCAUCAAAACAUCAUCCUAUGAGACUGUCGAAUCGAUCGAUGAUGAGAUCCUUGCCAUCAUAGACCAAUUCCCUUGGUAUCUCUUGCCUCAAUCUCCUUCUUCGCCAACCUUUGUCAGCACAACUCUUCCUCCAUACUAUGACUAUCUCCAGUGGCAACAUCAUCUCGUCCACAACUCCGUUUCUGUUCAACGUAUCAGGAUGUUCCGUCCUUUUCUACGCACUCAUUUUGAAAGGUGUUGGUCGAGAUGUAUAUCUGCUGCUGAAGGUACAUUUGCCGUCUACAAUUGCAUGCGAGUUGUGGAUCCAGUCAGGUUUCGUACCUCCAAGAAGAAACUGUCACAGGCUUACCAGUUGUUCUGCUCCGCCGUUUCUACCGCCAUUUUUCUCUUGGUCGAGCGUCCCAUCCUUCCAGCCAAGAUCCUUAGCGACAUCGAACUCGUCAUUCAGGACAUGAAGGAAUUGUCUGAAGAUAGAAACUCUGCCCCAAUCGCCGUAGAUGGCAGAGAGGCCUUGAUCAAGAUUCUUGAAGCGUAUCAAGGUUACCGCCGGGACGCCAACAGCACUAGAGCAGCCCUCGCCGAAUCGGCCGCCGAUGACUCUCAGCAGCUGAACACCGUGAUUCCCGAUCUGUCAAUCGUCAUGGGUGGCCGAGCUUCGGCGAAGGAUUAUCUGGAAACUUGCUUGACUCCUCGGGUCGCUCGUUCUGAGCCGCACUUACAGCCGAACCAUCAAGUUGCCCCAUCCCCGACCGCGGUCGUUGCGUUGAAUGAUGUUACUCUCACCUCGCCAACAGAUUCAAUGUCAGGUACGUUCAUGACACCAGCAGGCGAUUCGUAUGCACCUGACUCGGCCAUGGGUCUCAAUCUUGGCCUUCACUUUGAUAUACUCGGCUGGGAUCACGAUGAGGCUUCCUUUCUCAACGGGCUCUUUACUUGA